AUGUUUGCGAAAACAGGCCUUCUUCUACUGACUGCAGCGGCGGGAGUGGUGAGAGGCGACUUCAUGGUCUACACAGAACCGCCAAUUCCCACGUCCGCCAUUCCAACCUUCGCCAAUCCAUCCGAUGCCCAGAGCUGGACCACCUCCGUCUUCCUCAACGCGCAAAUAGCGUACGGUCGCUUCACGGAAUCCCUCGGCGAGCCCUACCAGUCCUCUCUCACGUCCGCGCGCUCCGAAAUCGACGCCUUCGUUCGCACCGCCUCGAAUUACAGCAUUCCGGCUGAAGUCACCAUGGCCGAUGAGACCCCCACAUACUUCUCCAAGCCAGAUUGGUAUACAGCCCUGCCGAGUGCGGCGAGGUCGUUCAAGGAACAACAGGUCAGCGAUCAGUUCAGCAUCGUGAGGAACGUUAUUGCGGCGAGGGCUACCUCUACGACGGGUUCCGAGGGAGCCGCGAUGCCGACUGCACUUGCUGGACAGUGGCUGGGGGCUGAGUUCGGCGUCAUGGCUGCGGCGGCUGCGGCUGCCUUCUUGUGA